AUGAUCACGAUACGACCCAACAAGAUGGACCCUAUGAGGUUGCUUUAUGCAACACAUUACAUAGUAUACGAGGAGAUGGCGCCCCAGGCGUGGAACGGCCAACCAGUCUCGCUCACGGCAGGUUUUUCCCUUUUCCCUUUCCCUCUUCCCUUUACCGACGAAACCCUGGGCACAUGUUUCGAGCCUGAUGUCUUGGUUGCCCACCACGAUGGUGGCACUUCAUUUUGCAUCUUUUUUCACUACGACCUUGCAUACACAAGUCUAACUGCUGCCACUAACAUUACGACUGCUACCCACCGGCGGCAUGUCCAUGUACCUCAACCUGGCGAGAGCUCGUGCUGGAUCCUCGACGCUGGCACCGGCCCGAGGCGUCACCUUGGGCAGAAGCAGAAGCAGAGCGACGAUGAGUUGCGUGCCUGUGUAAUGACGAAGACGACCAAGACGUCGGUGGUAGCGCCUCAGCACGGCCGCCUGGACCGCCAGAGUGUCCAGAGCCGAAAGUCGCGGUACCUCGUGGAAGACGGUGUGUGGCGCGGGCUGACUGCCCGUUUUGGGAGUCGUGGCUGCACACCCCCGACUUUCAUGCGCACCCCCUCGUGCAAGUCUCAGGACACAGCCCAGACCUGGAUUUUGUGUCUGGUCAAGUGUCGUCGUGCUUUGUGCUGGGCUGGCCCACAAGCAGCGAGGAUUUCCGAGCGGCAGAGAGGCAGUGACGGAGGUGGAGCGAAGGCCGUAGUUGUUGCCAACUUGGGUGCUCGUACGUGUAAUAAUAGUGGCCUGUCCAAGAGAGGGCGGGAGUUGGUAGUGAGUGGCUCCUCUCACGCACCAAAUGCCCUCGAGCCAUUGAAGUAUCCAAGUAUGGAGUCUGGUACGAUGCUCUGUCCGGACGAAGCAGCAAUCCGGCAGUAUCCAGCGCAGUGGCUUGCGGUUGGCGGCCGCUGCUCGCUCUCUGCUGGGCACGGCCUGGCGCACCGACCACAGAGAGAACACCAAGGUGGUGGCAUGUGCAGAUUCCACUGA